GCCCACAGACCCUCCAGACCCGGGUGGGCCAGGGCGACGGCCCGCCAAUCUCGGAAGUCUCGCGCUUCCGUGGGCCUUCGUGAUUGUCCGGGACAGAAGCGCGCAGGGUCGUCCCGCCUCCCUGAGGCGGCGAUUGACCCAGAAUCCUGCCUGUCCGUGCGGCCGCGGCCGCCCGCCGUCCCCCGGCGGCCAUUGGCUUCGCGGCCCUGCCCACCCGCCACUGUGGACCUGGGCGCUGUCCGCGCGGUUCAAACUUUGGCCGCGGGCACGACAAGGAGGAACCAGGCCGGAAUCCGAAGCGGGACGGGCGAGGGCCGCUGCACACGACAGGCACGGAGCGAUGGCAGCCCCAGUAACCCCAGGACCCUCGGCCUCACCCGCCCCGGUCGCGCCUGGUGACCUUUCGGGGGGCGGGAGCCGGGGCCCUCCUGACCCCCCACCGGAGCCCAAGCAGCUCCCGGAGCUGAUCCGCCUGAAGCGAGACGGAGGCCGCCUGAGCGAGGCGGACAUCAGGGACUUCGUGCGCGCCGUGGUGGACGGGAGCGCGCAGGGCGCGCAAAUCGGGGCCAUGCUCAUGGCCAUCCGACUGCGAGGCAUGGAUCUGGAGGAAACCGCGGCGCUGACCCGGGCCCUGGCCAAGUCCGGACAGCAGCUGGAGUGGCCGGAGGCCUGGCGCCCGCAGCUCGUGGACAAACACUCCACAGGGGGAGUGGGUGACAAAGUCAGCCUGGUCCUGGCACCUGCCCUGGCUGCCUGUGGCUGCAAGGUACCAAUGAUCAGCGGACGUGGUCUGGGGCACACUGGGGGCACCUUGGAUAAACUGGAGUCCAUUCCUGGAUUCACUGUCAUCCAGAGCCCAGAGCAGAUGCAAAGGCUGCUGGAGCGAGUGGGCUGCUGUAUCGUGGGUCAGAGCAAGAAGCUGGUUCCUGCUGAUGGAAUCCUUUAUGAAGCCAGAGAUGUGACAGCCACUGUCGACAGCCUGCCACUUAUCACAGCAUCCAUCCUCAGUAAGAAGGUGGUGGAGAACCUGUCUGCUCUGGUGGUGGAUGUGAAGUUUGGAGGGGCUGCAGUCUUCUCAAGCCAGGCACAGGCCCGGGAACUGGCAGAAGUGCUGGUUGGCGUGGGAGCCAGCCUGGGGCUUCGGGUCGCGGCGGCUCUGACGGCCAUGGACAACCCCCUGGGCCGUAGCGUGGGCCACACCCUGGAGGUGGAGGAGGCGCUGCGUUGCAUGGAUGGCGCGGGGCCGGCGGACUUGCGGGACCUGGUUACUAGGCUCGGGGGCGUCCUGCUCUGGCUCAGCGGACAGGCGGAGGCCCAGGACGAAGGCGCCGCCCGGGUGGCCAAGGCGCUAGAGGACGGGUCAGCCCGGGAUCGCUUCGAGCGGAUGCUCGCGGCGCAGGGUGUGGACCCGGGCCUGGCCCGAGCUCUAUGCUCCGGGACGCCCGCGCAGCGCCGGCAGCUGCUGCCUGGCGCCCGGGAGCAGGAGGAACUGCACGCGCCCGCAGACGCCCCAGCCGCGGCGCGCCCCGCCCGCCAGCGCCCUCUCCCCGCAGGCACUGUGGAGCUGGUUCAGGCGCUGCCGCUGGCGCGCGUGCUGCACGAACUCGGGGCCGGGCGCAGCCGCGCAGGGGAGCCACUCCGGCCGGGGGUGGGCGCCGAGCUGCUGGUCAGCGUGGGCCAGAGACUGCGCCGCGGGACGCCGUGGCUACGCGUGCACCUGGACGCGCCCGCGCUCAGCGGCCCGCAGCGCCGCGCUCUGCAGGAGGCGCUGGUGCUCUCGGACCGCGCGCCCUUCGCGGCCUCCUCGCCCUUCGCCGACCUCGUCCUGCCGCCGCCCAGGCCCACGUCCACCCACACGCAGCAAUGAAGCCGAGACGCCGAGUCCUCUCGCUGCCUGUGGGAAAAUUAAUAAAGGAAAGCCUCCUUUAAAAUGGGGUCCGGAGGCCAGAACGGGGAGCCCCAGACAGCGCAGGAGGUCAGUUACUCCCGGAGGAGUCCGGGACAGACCCCGACAAAGAAUCCUCAAUAUAGGAAGAAACGUGCAUUGUGUUCACUACCCCAGCCCGAACUCUCUUUUCCUCCAAGGGACUUGCAUUUACAACGCUCCUAACUUCCUUUUUUCCUACAAAAUAACAUUCUUCUGUCUUGUUUACUGGACUUGCCUAUGGUCCGCCAUAGCAUGCCCACCUGGAAUUGCAAUUCUUUGGCUAUUUCCGAAUAAACUCGUUUUGCUAGUAGAA